AGUUGGAGCUGCAUAUUGCAGUACAGGGAGUGCGAGUGUGUGUGUGUCUGUUUUUUUGUAAGCGUGCAUGUCUCUGGGCGGACUUCAGCUGUAGCGGUGCCCCUGCUGUGUGUCUGUGCUUCCUGCGACAGUCAACCUGAAAACAAGAGAGACUUUUCUUAGAAUGCAGGUGGUGUGGGCAGUCAGGGAAAAAGUUUCUAACACCUCGUCUGAGCCUUCAGUCAGUCCAUUCUGCACAGUCUGAGUCUAUCCAGGACGGGAGAAACAGCAGCGGCACCAGGAGCAGCUUAGAGGGACUCGAGCUUGUCUUAGACUUGGAUUUCUGUUGUUGAUUGAUUACCUGUCAGUGGACUGGAGACUCAAGCUGUGGAUAACCUGUCAAACAGAGCUGAGGGAAUCAACAAGGCUGUCUGUGUAGAAGGAGUCUACCAGCAACGGACUGUGCUUGAAGUAGAGCGGCUUUGGCAGACUGGAGCUGCUGCGAUGGAUGAACAGAGCGUGUCCCUGAACAGCAGUACUCAGCAUUGUGGGGGUCAUCCCACCACCAAGGGUCAGCGGUCAAAUGUGAUCAGGUGUGGUUGGCUCAGGAAGCAAGGAGGUUUCGUCAAGACGUGGCACAGUCGCUGGUUUGUUCUAAGAGGGGAGCUGCUCUACUACUACAAAGAUGAGGAGGAGACCAAACCUCUGGGGGUUGUUUCUUUACCUGGAAACAAAGUUACAGAACAUCCAACCAGCGGAGAUGAAGGGGGGAAAUUUCUUUUCGAGGUCAUUCCAGGAGGAGACAGAGAGCGGAUGACAACCAACCAUGAGACCUACCUACUUAUGGCCAGCACCCAGAAUGACAUGGAGGAUUGGGUGAAGACAAUCCGGAGGGUCAUCUGGGCCCCUUUUGGUGGAGGGAUCUUCGGGCAGAAGCUGGAGGAGACAGUGCGGUACGAGCGCAGGUUCGGGAACAAGCUUGCUCCGAUGCUGGUUGAGCAAUGUGUGGACUUCAUUCGCCAGUGGGGCCUUCAAGAAGAGGGUCUGUUCAGACUGCCAGGACAGGCCAAUCUGGUCAAAGAGCUGCAGGAUGCCUUCGACUGUGGGGAAAAGCCCUCAUUUGAUUGCAACACGGACGUGCAUACGGUGGCUUCUCUACUGAAGCUUUACCUCAGAGAACUACCCGAGCCCGUCAUCCCCUUCCAGAAAUAUGAAGAGUUCCUGGCCAGCGCCAAACUCCUUGGCAAAGAUGAUGAAAUGGGUAUGAAGGAACUGAAAAGGCUUGUGGAAAGUCUACCUCCCGUAAACUAUAACCUCCUCAAGUACAUCUGCAGAUUUCUUGAUGAAGUUCAGUCAUAUUCAGGAGUGAAUAAAAUGAGUGUCCAGAACUUGGCAACUGUUUUUGGGCCAAAUAUCUUAAGGCCAAAGAUUGAGGACCCGGUGACAAUCAUGGAAGGAACUGUUCUGGUCCAGCAGCUCAUGGCUGUUUUGAUCGGCCACCACGAUGUGCUGUUCCCUAGAGACGAAGACAAGCCGACAACACUCGAACUCGCUAACAACAACAUUGAACCGCUGAAGGGACAAGUCGCCACUACUACCUCAGCUGUCAGCGCCCUGUCUCAGAAUGCAGAAAACAACAACACGCAGCUGCUGCGGCAGUGUGUUUGGGAGGCGGCCGAGUCUCAGUCGCAUCGCCAACAAGAGGACAACACCGGCUCCCCGCCAUCAUCGAGCCCGAGGAAUGUUAUUGCAGGACAAUUUGAAAUGACGCGCAGUCCACCCCUGAUGGUGAAGAAGAACCCAGCUUUCAGUAAAGGAAGUGGAAUUGUUACUAAUGGGUCCUUCAGCUCUUCACCCCCGUCAGAUUUCGAUAAGACCCAGAACCUGACUGGAGGUGGGAGUUUCCCCAUGCGUCGAAGUGGGGCGUUUAAAGGCCCAGGCACCAAAAUGGGCACAAGCGGGGUGACGAGUGGUGGCAGUCCUGCAGCGAAUGGGACAGGUGCUCUUCGCCUGGGGAUUUCCGGUUCUGAUGUGAUCACAGGAAGUCCAAACAGCCGCAACGGUCUUUGGGUACAAAAUGGCUGCGUUCCACUACGAGAGAACAGCAAGACACGUGACAGCUCUAAUAAUGGGGAUCAAAUGACCAAUCAGAACCGCCUGUCCACUUACGACAAUGUCCAGUUAAACCAUCAGAACCUGCAGAACCACAUCACCAGUAUGUGUCUGAACACCAGCUGUGAGGAUAAGCAGAGCGUGGACAGCGCCACCUGGUCCACCUCCUCCUGUGAAAUCUCCCUUCCUGACAACUCCACCUCCUGCCGCUCCUCCACCACCACCUGCCCAGAACAGGACUUCUACAGCAGACAGUACGAAGACCUGGAUGGACCAGGACAGGAGGGUGAGCCUCUGCAGUCAGGAGGAGGACGAGGUGGCAAGAACAGCAGCAGAGAAGGGGGUGGAGAUGGAGCAGGAGGGAGCAGUCGUGGCACCAGUAGUAGUGAUACUAGUGAAGGUUUCACUGGACCUGGGAAUGGACCUGGCAGCCACAGCGCUCUGCACAGUCUGGUGGCCAGUCUCAAACAGGAGAUGCACAAACAGAAGACAGAGUAUGAGGCCAGGAUAAAAAGCUUGGAGCAGCACAACCUUGAGCUGGAGACGGAGAUGGUGGGCCUCCACGAAGAACUGGACCAAGAGAGGAAGAAGUACACCAUGGUGGAAAUCAAGCUGCGCAAUGCUGAGCGUGCAAAGGAAGACGCUGAACGCCGAAACCAGAUGCUGCAGAAAGAGAUGGAGCAGUUUUUCUCCACAUUCAGUGACCUUACGGCCACUGGCAACAGUGCACCCAGUGAACCCCGCCGACCGGACCGAAACAAUGCCAUCUGGAUACAGUGAAAGGAAGGCUGUGAAGACUGAAGUUCAUUUAUUCGUGAAUGUGAUUGCUGAUGAGACAUGAAACAGGAUUUGGAUGCUGACUGAAGGAAGUUUGGGCUUGUUUCAAUUUAAAAACUAUAUUAACAUAUACGGCUAAAAAGGGACACCUGUGUAAAUCAUCACCUGGAGUGAUGUCAGGCUUACAUUAUCUCUGUAUAUAGCAUUAUUUAAACACCACAUAGACAUUCUAACCUUCUCAGAAACUGCUAUGGUGCUCACUCCCACUGGGAAAUGGAAUUAAGAAAAACCUCAUCAGGUUGUGAUGGUACAACAAUACAUUUCAUGGUUGCUCUCUGGCCUGAACAGAUGGGAGAGAAGGUGAAAUAUGAAAAAAAAAAAAUAACCUCAAACAUGGACCUAAAAAAAGUAAUCAUGUCAAACUCCUUACCAAUUGUAUUCAUUUCUUAUCGCCCUGAACAUCAUGUUAGUGUCCGAUGUAAUUCUGUAUGGGCUCAUGUACAUAGUGGGAAACAAUGCAGACGACUGCAGUCACCUGUUUGUAAAAAGAACUGAAUCUAUGAAUUAUAUGUUAAUGAUAUUUAAGCUAAGCUUUAUAUCAGGAUUGUUUUCGUCCUUGCACUUCAAUGUCUGUCCAGCCUCCACCAGUUGGUACUGAAUGUUCUGUCAGUCAGUGUGCAUACCAUUUUAAAUUGGUGAGUGUAUUGUAUAUUUGCUUGUGCUUCUGUUCAGUUACAUUUACUCAUGACCAAAAAAAAAAGAACCUGUUUUGUAAAUAUUUUGUAGAUGGUUGAAGACACUACUUGUUAGUCUGCACUGUGGUUUUGACUGGUGUUUAGAUGGCAUGGUGUCAGCUCAAAAUGAAGAUUUGUAGCUUUAAAAAUGCAGUUUGGGCCUGGAGCUGUUUGUCAGUAGCGUACAGUGCCAGUUAGAAGUGUACACACACUCAUUGUGACCAAGCAUGUCAUAUUCUUCUUUGGUUUUUAAUGAUAGAUUUGAACUGACCUUUUAUUUCAUGGUGGAAUGGUUAUCCAAGAAACAACUUCAGUGAAUUUUAAAAACAGGAAUUUGGUGCACAACAUUAGAAUUUUUUGAAUACUUGGUAAAAGUCUCUUAGAACAUUGCAAUCCAACCCCCUGCUGUUUGUAGCCAUCAACAAGCUUCUGUCGUUCUGGCUGAGGAUUUGGCCAUCAAGUAACCCCCCUGGUCAUAAUGCUGCCUCAACCAUGCUUAACAGUUCAUACAUAGUUCUAGAGUUUGAAACCCUACAUUUAGCUCCUCUAAACAUUCUGCCAUUCUACCCUACAAAGGUUCCCCUAGAGGCACUGAAACCUAUUUCUGUGGGUUUCUUUAAUGGUCCGCACCUUCUCAGUCCAAGAUGUUUUUAAACUCCACUCACUGUAGCAAUGGUGUUCUAUAAUCUUCUGGUUUUGAUAAGGUUAAAGCCUCGGUGGUUACGGUAUGGUUCUGGAUCAUUCUAACCAAUUUCACUGCAUCAGAGGAGGUCAGUUUGUCUCAGAUUGUUCUAACAGGACCAUCAUUGGAAACAUCAUCACUGGUAUACAUAGGAAUACAUUAAGCAGGCUGACAUUAAGCUGCAGGAAUGGUGUUCCUACGGCCACAAAACCGCAACAAUAUAGAAAAUCUGUGGAUUAUGAUUUAAAGCCUUAUCUGUGCCUGGAAACUGACCUGUACCAUUUCUGAUAAGAAAGUUGGUCAAAUGUCCAUUAAGACUCAUGUUGCAAGCUUUUUGUUGGCUACAAAAAGCUUGUGGUCAGGUCAAGCUACAACUUGCAUAAGGACAUUUAUCCAAAACUACUUAAAAGCCUCAUUCAUGCUGGGAAACUAGUAAUUUAAAUAGGUUUUAACAAUCCUGCCAAGAGAGCUGUUUAAAUAUCCAGCCAGAAUAAUUCUAACAUCAUGUUAUCUAUAUUGGUGGGUUUUUAUGUAUAUAAUGAAACGUUUAUGUAUAAUUUAUAGUUGUGUAUGCGGUUGUUUGCUGGAAAAUCAUUCUACCUUUGCGAAGAAACUGUUUAAAAAAAUUAUUAGGGGCCCAAACCCAUAAUAAGAGUUAACAUCUGACUGGCACUGUCAGAAGUUUAAAGUUAAGAAGAAAAAAUGUUCAUCCAGAAUAAUGAAUUUGAGGAGGAAAUAUACCUUUUCACAUUACGAGAUAUGUACCAAAUGCUUGUGGAAAUUCUAAUUUAAAGUCUGAUUGAAUGAGAUGCUAAUUGUAAAAGAUUAUUGUAUGUAAAUUAGACACCCGUCAGAGCUGAUUUCCAUUUUAACCAACAGCACAAGUUUAAAAGUUGCAGCUGGAUAUUUACCAACAUCUGUUUUUAACUGUGAAAAAAUCUGAUUGCAAGAAUUUUGUCGGCCCCGCUAAGAAGGUGAAUGUGCAUGAGUCCACGAGGGUUUGUGUACAAUAAAUGAAUGUGCAUUUAGUGACUUUUCUAUUCAUGAAGUGUAUGUAUGUAGCCUCAAAAUCAUGUCUACACACGGUGUGGAUUUGCUAAUGGGUACAAGUCAGACGAGGGCGAGCACGCUUACUGCUUUUCCGUCAGAAAUUAUACCCCAUCUAAAACCUGCUGCUGGUCAUUGCAGGACAUCUGGAAUGUGUGCACGGAGGGAGUGGGAAAAGAAAGUGCCUGGACUACCAAAGAAGGGAGGGGACUCCCUUCGCACCCUUCACUGGGAAAUAAUAGGCUUCAUCCAAGCUGACGUGUCACUUCAUUCUGUGAAUUCCACACAAAAAGAGCAGAAUAUGGACUAAGGAGAUGGUAGAUACUGAAACUCAUGCAAGAUGUGAUACUUGAUGUUCAAAAGAACUUAAAAAAGACAUGACAAUAUAAAUAAAAUGCAUUUCCUGUGA